AAGAAGUAAAAAUAUUUUGAGAUUCUUUCUUGCUUGAACUUUUUUUUUAACAGUCACUUUACAGACACAUCAUGAGAGCGAAGAUUGUUUCGGAAGCUAAUAGAUUCGUUCAGUUUUUGAAGUUGUGUCAAGAUGACAACAAAGAUUCCUGGGUCUAUCAGGAGUGUAUGAAAAUAUCAAAAUGUAACGAUGAACCUCUUCUCAGCAUGAUUGAAGGAAACCAACCUGCCUUCAUCUGUGAGAAAAUGCCUCCACCAGUUUAUGAGUCUGAGGAUACAGAGAGCACAGAUGAACUCAACCUCAGUGAAGAAACACCUGUUAAACCACAAGAGCUCAACAUUGGUCCACUUCCACUCAGUGUCAGUAGAGCAAGGGAGAUAUUGUCCUGGUACGCCUUGUCUCAGAAUCCGAACAUGUCCCAGGUGGACGCCCAGGUUCUGCAUCCUCUCUGGGUCCGUUGUGACAUGCAGGACCCUGCUAACACGUCCUGGCUGGGUGCAGAGACAGUCUACAUUGGCAACAAGGCCACAGCGAUUAAACUGUACACAAUCAGCUGUAAAGGGUCAUCAUUGGACGAGGCCUCAUUUAUUACAAUGGCUCAGCUGAAACAAUUACACCAGAACCGACACCAUUCCUCAGUGGUGCUGACAAAAGGUUGGGCCAAAUACAAUCUUUUUUGCUCGGUGAUGGAAGAGAGUUUGGUUAUUGAUUCUGAGAGCAGCAUAACAGCUAACUUUAGAUGGAACAAUGUAGAGAAGAUGUUGGAGAUGCCGCCCCUGUCAUCUACGGUUACGCUGCAUAUCAAGGUGACAGCUGGAGACAUUAGGAGCCCUAUGUAUCAGACCUACAGAGAGCUGGAAUUCCUUCUGACUCUGGCUGAAGGCUUGAGGAUGGAGGAGGUAGAGUGGUUGGAGCCGCUGGAGACACAGUCUGCUGUGGAUCUAACCCGAGCACUUAUUGAAGAGCUUAAGAAUGUUGCAAAUGCAGUCCCAGGCCAGAAUUUAACAGGAUCAGAGAACCAGACGGGCAAAAAUGACUCUGUGGUGGGAUUAGGCUGUAUGCUAAUGGAGAGAGGAAACCUGGAUUUCACUGAGCAGCUCUGGGAGAAGAUGAGAAGAAGUGUGACGUCAUAUCAGGACAUAACAGACUCUUUGAAAUUGGUCAUCAAAGCUGUGCGGUUUGGGCAGAUUAAACCUUGGGUCCAUAGAGACAGCAGUAGCUCUCUGAGUAAGCUGAUGGUGCAGUCCUACCAGCAGCAGGUGGACACUGUGCCUCUCACCGGCCUCACUCCUGCCAUUAUGCUGCUGGAGCUGGGCUUGGACAAGAUGAGGAAAGACUAUAUCAACUACCUUGUUGGGAAUGAGCUGACGACUCUCAACCACCUGAGUUACUACCUCAGCAGUGAGGUGAAUAUACAAGAGCAGGUGAUCAGACUGAGGAAACUGCACCACCUGCUGGAGGUCCUGGGCACCUGCAGCAGCUUUCUCAACCUGCCUCAUGAGCGCCUCUUCUUCUUCACUCAGUCAUGUUUGCAGUACUACAAAACAGCACCUUAUAACGAAGAGCAUGUGUUUCAGAUGCAAAUCAAACCUGCUCUGAUCAGCCACUUCUAUCAGACAGAGCAGCCCUCUUCAUGGGGAGUGGAGGUAUCUAGUGGGAAGGGGUCAGGAGAGGUGAAGACUUCCUGGCAUCUCAGUGAUAAACCUCUAGUGGAUCACUUCAGCUCAGACUCGGAUGUGGCCCUGGAGGUCUCAGUGAAUGGAGAGAGUGAGAAGACUGCAUACUUCAGAACGAUGGUGUGCUGCAGCCUGGCCAACUUCAGUUAGCAGAUCUGUAGACUUACUAACCUGCAGCCAGGAGCCGGUUGCUAGAUGAACACAUCUCUGCAGCCUUCCUCUUCCAGUUCUCAACCUGCCAAUUGCCAUAUGAAACACACAUUUUAUCAAUACUUGUGUGUGUGUGUGUGUGUGUGUGUGUGUGUGAAAUUUUGCAUUAGAGGCUCAAAAAAGACUAGUACGUGAAGAAACAGAUUUUUGUAUACAUUCUUGUGUCUCAUUAUACAUGUAAGUAUAAAUAAUUCAGUAUAUUUGUAAUAAAUGCCUUUGCAGUG